UUGAAGUGUGCUCAUUCAAUCCACAUGAUCAAUGGUCAUCCAGCGACUCUAUGAGUCCCGGAAUGCUAUACUUCCUGAUUCAUAUUGGAAAUAUGAAUGAAACCGAGAAGGUGGUAGAAACAGUGGUCCAGGCGAUGACAGAACUACAAGCAGAUGGUCCUCUAGAACAUCAAAUUCAAACUGCAUUGGAUUCGGUACCAACAAAAGAAGAGGAAGAGCGAAACACGCUUAAGUAUAUUUUCAUGCAAUGGGUAGUUUGGUCAAUGUAUUAUGUUGGAGGUCUAUCUCAUUCUUAUCAGACGCUUAGAGAGUUGAAAGCAAAUGCUCCAACUCGCUUCAAUGCGGAUUUUAUCAAGUCCUUGCUGAAGAGGUUUCUGCCUUGGCCUUGUAGUAGCCAGUACACUGUCUUUUAUUUGACCUGUUGAUAACUUUUCUUUCUAUAUGUUUGAAUGUUAUUUUGA